AUGCCGCACCGCUCCACUUCCCAACAACAACAACUCAACUUGCUUGCACCACCACUACCACUACCACCGCAACCCCAUCCCACUUCUCACCACCCAACGCCGAACCCAGAUCUCACUCUUCCUUAUUAUAAGCCUUCUUUCAUUCUCAAGCACUUGUCGAGCAUAGCCAUAGCCCACAAACCACCUUCCCCUCACAAGCACUCUCUUCCACCGACACCGCCACCGCCACCGCCACCAUCGCCACCUCACUUGAAGUCCAAGGCCUUGCCAUCCUCUUCCAUAUGUGAUUUCUCCAAGGACAGCAUUGCUGUCAUGAGGCCACCAAGGAAUGAGAAAGAGAGGAACAUGCCUUCAAAGAGAGCACCCUCCAAAGAGAAGCUCAAGAAACGCCAGGGAGAACAGGAAAGGAGGAAGCUUGAUGACAGUAAUGGAGGGGUUCAGUUUGAGGAUGUUAAGGUAGUUGAGAGGCACUCUGUUUCACUGGCUCCUCCUCCUCCUUCUAACAAUGGUUGUGGUGGUGGGAGGAGGAGAUCCUUCUGUGGUGGAUCAUCGAAGGUGGAUUUGGGUGAUGUGUUUGCAGUGAAUGGGGUAAAAGUUGUUUCAGCGGAUAUGCCGCCUUUUAUGCAGAUCCAUGCUGUGGAUUCUGCCAGAAAAGCUUUUGAUAGCAUGGAAAAGUUCACAUCUAAGACCCUUGCCUGCACCCUCAAGAAGGAUUUUGAUGGGGUUUAUGGACCGGCAUGGCACUGCAUUGUGGGGACUAAUUUUGGGUCUUUUGUGACGCAUUCAGUUGGAGGAUUUCUUUAUUUCUCUAUGGAUCAGAAGUUUUACAUCCUCUUGUUUAAGACUACUGUACAAAAAACUGGUUGA